GACAGUCACGCCCACUUUUUAAGAACAACAAAAGAAAAUCAAUCUCUCCUCUGAGAUCGGUCUCUCUCUCUCUCUCUUUUUCUCUGCUCCUAACCGAUCUCUCUCUCUCUCUCUCUCUGUCUCACGCAUUUCGAAGCCCCAUCAUCACAAGCUCUUCGAAGACAAUCUCGCCCGAAAAUGGCGAACAGUGAGGAGUGCUGCUCUACUCAGCUUAUUGAUGGGGAUGGUGCAUUCAAUGCCACUGGAAUUGACCGUUUAAUCAAGGAAGUUAAAUUGGGCGAAUGCGGACUUUCCUACGCCAUUGUCUCCAUUAUGGGCCCACAAAGUAGUGGAAAGAGCACACUGUUAAAUCAUCUAUUUGCUACCAAUUUUAGGGAGAUGGACGCUUUCAGAGGAAGGUCUCAAACAACGAAAGGUAUUUGGUUGGCAAAAUGUGCCGGUAUUGAGCCUUGUACUCUUGUCAUGGAUUUAGAGGGUACAGAUGGAAGAGAACGAGGAGAGGAUGAUACAGCAUUCGAGAAGCAGAGUGCCCUCUUUGCUCUUGCUGUUUCAGAUAUUGUGCUCAUAAACAUGUGGUGUCAUGAUAUUGGCCGUGAGCAAGCUGCAAAUAAGCCUCUUCUAAAGACUGUGUUCCAAGUGAUGAUGCGAUUGUUUAGUCCACGUAAAACAACUCUGAUGUUUGUAAUCCGUGAUAAGACAAGGACGCCGUUGGAAAAUUUAGAACCAGUGCUUAGAGAAGACAUUCAGAAGAUAUGGGACUCUGUUCCUAAGCCUGAAGCCCACAAGGAAACUCCAUUAAGUGAAUUUUUCAAUGUUGAGGUUGUUGCUCUUUCAAGUUAUGAAGAAAAGGAAGAACAAUUUAAAGAGCAGGUUGCUAGCUUGAGGCAGAGAUUCUUUCAUUCUAUUGCACCCGGAGGUCUUGCUGGUGACCGACGGGGAGUAGUUCCUGCUUCAGGGUUUUCUUUCAGUGCACAACAGAUAUGGAAAGUCAUCAAAGAAAACAAAGAUCUUGAUCUUCCUGCUCACAAGGUCAUGGUGGCUACUGUACGUUGUGAAGAGAUUGCCAAUGAGAAGUAUGCUGAUUUUUCAGGAAAUGAGGAGUGGAGUCAAUUGGAAGAGGCUGUUCAAUCUGGUCCUAUCUCUGGCUUCGGGAAGAAGCUCAGUUCAAUCCUUGAUACUUGUCUAUCAGAGUAUGAUGCAGAGGCUACAUAUUUUGAUGAAGGUGUCAGAACUGGGAAGCGCAAGCAGCUUGAAGAAAAAUUGCUGCAACUUGUCCAACCUGCGUUCCAAGCUUUGCUGGGACAUAUAAGAUCUGGUUCUCUGGAUAAGUUCAAGGAAGCAUUUGAUAAGGCCUUGAAUGGUGGGGAGGCAUUUUCAGUGGCUGCUUGCAAUUGCUCUGAGUCAUUUAUGGCUCUAUUUGAUGAAGGAUGUGUGGAAAUUUAUGUUUGUAGGUCGAGUUGGACAAGAUGGAGAAUAUGCAUAGGAGCUUGUGAGGGAGUUUCUUCAGUUCGUGCUGCCAAGCUAGCUGAACUUACUGCACUUAAUGAGGCAAAAUUGAAGGAGGCCUUAUCAGGACCGGUGGAAGCCCUUCUAGAUGGAGCUAAUAGUGAAACCUGGCCUGCAAUAAGAAAACUUUUCCGGCGUGAGACAGAAUCAGCCGUCUCUGGGCUCUCUAGUGCACUUUCGGGUUUUGAUAUGGAUGAACAAUCCAAGGGCAAAUUACUUUCAAGUAUGGAGGCAUAUGCAAGAGGUGUGGUAGAAGCUAAAACAAAGGAAGAGGCUGGAAGGGUUUUGAUCCGUAUGAAGGACAGGUUUACAACAUUAUUUAGCCAUGAUUCUGAUUCAAUGCCACGUGUUUGGACUGGGAAUGAAGAUAUUAGAGCAAUCACCAAAACUGCCCGUUCUUCAUCCUUAAAAUUGCUCUCUGUUAUGGCUGCAAUCCGUUUGGAUGAUGGUGAUGCUGAUAAUAUUGAGAAUACUUUAUCCCUUGCCUUGGUGGAUUCCACAAAUGUUGCUGCUAAAGAUAGGAGUAUCACAACAGCUGACCCACUGGCUUCAAGCACUUGGCAAGAGGUUUCCUCCUCAAAAACAUUGAUCACACCUGUCCAAUGCAAAUCUUUGUGGAGGCAAUUCAAGGCAGAGACUGAGUACAGUGUUUCUCAGGCUAUUUCUGCACAGGAAGCUAACAAGCGUAAUAACAACUGGUUACCACCUCCUUGGGCAAUUGUUGCCUUGAUUGUCCUGGGAUUCAAUGAAUUUAUGACACUUUUAAGAAAUCCUUUGUAUCUGGGUGUCAUCUUUGUUGGCUUUUUACUCGUUAAAGCCCUAUGGGUGCAGCUAGAUGUCGCGGGUGAAUUCCGCAAUGGUGCUCUUCCCGGGCUUAUUUCUUUGUCCAGCAAGCUUGUUCCAACUAUCAUGAACAUGAUUAAAAGACUAGCAGACGAAGGGGCAAAUGCUGCAGCUAAUGAUCCUCAUCGGAACCCUCCACUAGCAUCAAAAAACUUUACGAAUGAAGGGAAUGCUAGCAGUGAAAUGUCAUCUAGUGCCUCAUCUGGACUGACAGAAUCUGACUACACCAGCCCUGCAAAACAAGACUAGUUAAACUAAGCUAUCUUGAUCAAAGAACAUUUUUUAUGUUUGAAGAUGCUGAUGUUCUGCGCACUUAUUGUAAUGGUGUUACUCACAUAUCAUCUUCGUAUAUUAGGUCUGUGAGCUUGCACAUCGCUGUCGCAAGCACGUAAUGGUAAUAUUUUUGUAGGCAUCAUUUUUGAGCAAGUGCCAACAUACAAGGGGCUGUUUGUUGUUGUGAGGAAGUCCCCAUUAAAUAGUUCUUUCUUUGAGUCUUAGGUGUUUUUGCUUUCUCGUUUGUUGGACAAGCUACAAAAGGCUCCAUUCAGUGCUCGAUAUUGAUUUUGAAGUUAGUUGAUUAUGAUGACUUGCAUCAGUUUUGUAUUGCUACGGUUGUAACCAUGUUUGGUUGUAUUUUACUGAAAAUUGUCAAUGGCCAAUUCUUAAUUCA